AUGGGUUGGUCACUUCUCUGCAAAUUAAUAGAAAUUUGUCCAAGUACUCUACAGAACAUAGCUCCUAAGGAUGUCGGGAAGGACUGGGAAGUACUGGGUGUUCACCAGCAGAUUCUUAAAAUGCUUACAAUCCACAAAGGAAAUAUGAAUCUCUCAGUAAUAGGACUGAAAGCAUUAAAUCUACUCCUGAUGUCAGACACAAUUGCUUUCCUGCUCUUGGAGGAAGAGGUGGAUGUGUUUUCCUUGGUAUUUAAUGCUAUGCACACCUUCCCUAAAAAUGAAGAGAUCCAGCAACAUGGAUGUAAAGCAUUACACAAACUUUUUGAGAAAGUUCCAGAAGAGCAGCUGACUGAAUUUGUUGAAAGCAAAGAUCAUAUGAUCAUACUGAAAGUAUUUAAAGAGUUUCCAGAGAAAGAAGAGGUGAUUCUUCCUGCACUUUAUUCACUACAUUCCUUAGCUGGUCCAUCCAGCAAUGUUGAAGUGCUCAUGUCUGGAAAUGUUCGCUGCUACAAUGUUAUAGUGGAAAUGAUGAAAAGUUUCCCCAAUAGUGAAACAGUUCAGGAAGUGAGUUGCUGUUUGUUGCAUAAGCUUUCAUUGGGAAAUUUUUUCAAUAUCCUUGUAUUACAUAAGGUUCCAGAAGUCAUUGUCAAGGCUGUUAAAACAUAUCCUGAAAAUGCAAAGUUACAAGCUGCAGCUCUCAGUUGUUUAGCGCUUCUGACUGAAACAAUAUUCUUAAACCGAGACUUAGAGGAAAGAAAAGAAGAGGAGGAGGAAGAGAAAUUAUGCUGGUUGGAAGCAUGUUACCGAGCACUAGAACUACAUCGAAAAAACACAGAUGUGCUGGAGGCUGCAUGCUGGGCUUUGAAAAAUCUGUUUCUGUAUCAACGCAACCUUCAUGAGAAGAUUGGAGAUGGAGAUAAUCAGUUCCCAGUAGACAGAGCAGUGAUGCUCUCCAUGCUGAUGCACUCAUCUUCAAAAGAAGUAUUUCAGGCAGCUGCUAGUACCUUGGCAAUUUUGUCACAACAAAAUGUAAAUAUCAGGAAGACACUUCUGGCUAAAGGAAUACAUAUGAAUGUUUUACAUAUAAUGAGGAAACAUCCACAUUCUCCUGAAGUGGCUGAAAGUGCCUGCAGAAUUCUGAAUCAUGUUUUCGAAGGAAGUUUCCCUCAUCUGGAUACAAUGACGGUAGCUGCAUCAGAAGUUGUAAAAGCCAUGAGGAAGCAUGAAAAAUCACUCUCUGUACAACUGGAAGCACUUCGAGUCCUUUUACACUUUAUGAUGCCCGAUACAAAGAAUGACCAGAACGGUUCUUCCAGAGAUGUGGGAGAUGCUGCUUUUGCACUUACAGUAAAAGUCGUUAAAAGCCAGUGUCUGUUGGAGGGAACUCAUUCAUUGGUGCUGAGUGCUUUGAACAGGUUUAUUGGAAAUCCUAGCAUUCAGAAGUGUGGAUUAAAACUACUUGCUUCUGUUGCUGAGUGCACUGGUGCACUAGAAAUAUUAACCCAGCAAGGAGCUACUGAUACUGUGCUUCAUACCCUACAGAUGUAUCCAGAUGAACAAGACAUACAGUGUUUGGGUUUGAGUCUUCUACGCUCUUUGAUUACAAGGAAGAGUUUGUGUAUUGCAACCAUGCAUGUCCUGUCAACAGUUCUGGUUUCUACUCUCCGACGAUUUAAAGAGGUCACUGAAAUCCAGAUGCAUGGAUUUCAUGCAAUCUUGUCAAUUCUUGGUUUAUCACCUUGUUUUGCAAAGCUGCUGGUACAUGAAUCAUUUGACACAGUCAUUUUCUACCAGAUGUCUAUGUGUUUCACUGACCAGCGAGAUCGACAGUUUCAAAGCCUGUGUUGUAAAUGUUUUGCUAAAAUAGCUGAAAAUGAUGAUUUAAAAAAUAUGAUGCUGGAAAAAGCGUGUAUUGAGUAUAACAGUAUUAUGGCUGAAUGUUUACUUCUACUGGGAGCUGAUAUUAAUAAGAAGACAAAGACAAACUCUUUGAUCUAUCAGGUUUGUGAGAAAGGAAAUAAUCCUAAAUUGGUGGAAUUGCUAUUAGCCAAUGGUGCUCGAGAGCAGGAUGUUCGGAGUGCUUUAACCAUCAGUAUAAAGAAAGGAGAUAGCCAAAUCAUCAGCUUGCUUUUGAAGAAGCUUAGCCUUGAUGUCGCCAACAGCAGUAUAUGUCUUGGAGGAUUUGGUAUUGGGAGACUAGAACCUUCCUGGCUCAUUCCUUUGUUCCCAGAUAAACUUACUCCAUUAAGAAAACAAAAUGCAGGUUCUGCACUGGCAAGAAUGGUGCUUAAAUUCCAGAUGAAGAAUAUUUCUGAGGAUAGAUCAAGAGCCUCCUCUGAUCUAAACUUCUCUGAAGAUGGAGUGGAUAAAAACUAUGAUUGGAAUUUCAUUUCUGACCCAUUAGUGGACAGUGUUUUUCCUUUGAGUGAUGAUAUUGAUAGUGAAGGAAGCGAAGGUUCACUUUUUACAAAAAAGAAGUCCAAUUCCAUUACAGUUGCUGACUUUAAAAAAAAAUUUCAAAGAGGUUCUCCUACUUUGCCACGACAUUCCUACUCUGUGGGACCUGGCUCAGAUUAUGAACCAUUAAUGAAACAAAGAAGAAAAUUCUUGCCUUCAGAUGAAUCCCCCAAAAGCAUCUCAAAAUUUUCACCACAUAUAAGACCAUCAGACAGUCUUUCUUCAUUGAUCUCAGAGAAAGAAUAUAUUAAAUCACUAGAUCUUUCAUCAAAUGAGCUGGAGAACAUUGAUGCCAUCAGCCAGAAUAGCUGCUUAAUUAGUCAUCUGGAACAUCUUGAGAAACUGGAGCUCCACCAAAAUGUUCUUACAAACAUUCCAGAACAACUGUGUGAAAACUUGAAAUGCUUGACUUACUUGGAUUUGCACAGUAACCGAUUUACUUCUUUUCCAACAUAUUUACUGAAAAUGAAUUGUCUUGCAAAUCUUGAUAUCUCUCGAAAUGACAUUGGACCUUCCUUUACUUUGGAUCCAUACCUCAGAUGUCCAACUCUAAAGCAACUUAAUCUUUCUUACAAUCAGCUGGUGUGCACUCCUGAAUUUCUUACAAAUGUUGCUGAAAAUCUGGAACAGCUACUGCUAGAAGGAAACAAAAUAUCAUGCUUAUGUUCACCCAUAUGCUUGAAAGAACUGAAAAUUUUAAACAUUAGUAAGAACAGUAUUUCAUCCCUCGCUGAGAAUGUCUUCAUGGGUUGUACAAAACUGGAGCAGUUCAACGCCAGGAUGAAUGCUCUUGAAGUAAUACCUGACUUGUCAUCCAGCAUAACAAGCUUAAAAUUAUCCCAAAAUCGUUUUAUUAAUGUUCCAGAAGCAAUUCUUCUGUUACCACA